GAUGCUGGCAUGUUCUCUCAGUCCGAAGCUCUCUAUCAUUGGGCAACAAAGGCUUUCCUGCGAUACUCCUGGCCCGAACUGGCCACUUACACUCUCCUGCAGGAGGCCUUCUGUCAACAGGUCCAGUGGCGCACUGAACGUACACAGGACGUUUCAGUUUUCAGAAGCACUCAGCCCUCCGACGUCAUUUAUCCGGCCUGGUGGCCCCAGAACUGGUGGCAGGAAUCCCUGGCGGCGGUGGCAGAACACCACGUUCGUCAUAACGCUGACCAGUCGGGUAAAAAGCGUAUGCCCCUGUUGGCGCCGCAUCCACCUCUCAGUGUACACUCCCUGCGUCCUCUCUUCAAGCUUAUCUCGGUGGACUUGAAGAAUGCCAAUGCGGCAACCCACAACCAGUGUAUCCUGCUCCAGCUGAAUGUCUCCGGCUAUCGUCGAUUUUAUGCCUCGUAUGUUUACGUUAACUUUCCAAAUAACGACCGCUAUCAGCAAAAUUAUCACUGUCAUCAUAGUCGUCAGCAUUCUGCCCACGCACCACCACCAUUAUUCUCAUCACCAUAA